GGUUUCAAUUGUGGUUGUACAUAACAAUUCAAAAUGUACAUAAAGUCGUUGAUCAUUUUGGGAUUGGUUGCCCAUUGCUUGUGUUACGAUUGGGACACAGAAGGCAAGAAGUUUAACAAAGCCUGUGCAGAUGUGAAAAAUGGCUACGUGAGGGGAAAAAUCAGAGAACCCCAGAUUAAAAAUCAAAUAAAAUCAUGUUUGGGGGCUCAUAUAGGUAGCUAUGGCAAACAAGAAAAGAUACAGUACUACAUGACGAAAGCCCCCAAUCCUAACGAAGCAUAUUCCAUAUUCAAAACGGAUUUUUCUAUUUCAGUCGAUAGCUUCCAUAAUUUUGUUUAUUGCCUAGAAGGACUGUUGAGAAAAUAAACACCUUCAAUUAA